UGCCAAAUUCCGGACUCAGUUGAUCGCCGGAAUUCGUAGGCAAUGGAUCGUUGGCAGAAUCGCGUGGCCGUGAUAAGUGGCGCCAGCUCCGGAAUCGGAGCAGCCUGUGCCCGUCUUCUGGUGGCCGCCGGGCUGCAGGUUGUGGGACUGGCCCGUCGCACCGAUCGCCUGGAGAAAUUGCGACAAUCGUUGCCGGAGGAUCAGAGAGCGCGAUUCCAUCAGCACACCUGCGACGUUUCACAGGAAUCGCAGGUGAACGGUGCCUUCGAGUGGAUCGAACGGGAGCUGGGCGGCAUCGAUGUGCUGAUCAACAAUGCCGGCAUCGUCCUGGGCGGCCAGCUGAUCGACAUGCCCACCAAGGACAUUGGCAACAUCCUGCAGACGAAUCUCAUGGGCAGCAUUUACUGCACAAAGCUGGCCGCCGGCAGCAUGAGGCGGCGCCAAGUGGCCGGCCAUCUCUUCUUCGUGAACAGCACGGCCGGAGUGGCUGGCUACAAGCCGGAUCCGGCGGACGAGAGCCUCAACGCCUACACGCCCAGCAAAUUCGGACUGACCGCCGUCCACGAGAUCUGUAGACAGGAGCUGAUCCAGAAGGGAUCCAAAAUCAAGACCACGAGCAUCAAUCCCGGCUGGGUGGCCACCGAGAUCGUGCCCGACGAGACGAAGGCCAAGUUGGGCGAGGUCAUCCUGCAGGCGGACGACGUGGCCCAGGCUGUACUGUACGCCCUGUCGACGCCACCACACACCCAGGUGGAGCAGAUAACGCUGCGGGCGGUGGGCGAGUACUUCUGAUAACGACGGAACGAUGGCACGAUAAUGCGCAGCCCCCGAGAUUAGGCAAUCGAAUCGACUCACAAUAACAAUCAAAUGAAGGGAAACGAAACGAAACGAAACGACCUGCAGCACACACACCUCAGAUACUCACUGGCACAGGGACCCAUUUGGUUGACCACAAAAUUGUUUACUCUUACUAACAUAUACACCUCGUUUCAUUUUACUUUUAUUGUAACUGUUAUGGCUAUUUGCUCAGCACUUUUCCGCAAAACCAAAUAAAUAAUUCAGUUUUGUAAAUUAA